CGCCUUGCCACAGCAACAGACAUGUUGUGUAGAGCAGCCUUGCAUUGCGGCAAUCUCUCGAUGGCAACCAGCAAUAGCAGGUACCACCCUGGCUGGAAUGCCUAGGGACCUUUUGCUCAGUAGCACCACCGCAUCCUCUGUUGCUUUCCCUCGACUUGCUGGCGGGAAUAUCGCGAGCGCAGCCAUGACCGCUGUCUUUGGGCCAGAUCCCUUAUAAUGUCGUGUGCUGGUACCAACUUCGUCGCUCUCGGUCUGUCAUGUCUCACGGUGUCCCUCCGGUCUCCCUCUGCUCGAUAUGACUCCUUCCUUGCUGACACUGAGAGCCAUGCUUGUGGCCAGCCUAGUCCUGAUCAGCGGCAUCACCUUCGCGAUCGCUGCCCAGGGUCCUUCAGUCCACCACGCCUCACAAGCAGCUCUCGGCGAAUGGACUGACAUCGGACCGGCAAAGGACAGUGAUAUCCUCAACUUCCUCAUCUACCUCAAGAGCGGAGAUGAGCAAGGCCUGGACAGCAAGAUGGACGAGAUCGUCCAGAGCAACGGACAGCAAAAGUGGCUCUCAUUUGACGAGCUCAAAGCUUACGUGCAGCCGAAGCCGGAAAUCAGAAGCUUGAUCAAGAAGACUCUAAAAGAGGGAGGGGCGAAGAAAUACUCCUUCGGUGGGCUCGGCAACACAGUCGCUGUCCAGGCCAGAGUCGAUGGAGCUUCAAAGAUGUUGAAGACGAAGUUCAGACUGUUCACUAAGGAGGCCAAGGACAAGCCACUAGUCCGAGCCUACAACUAUACAAUCCCUGCCGCUCUAUUGCCCCACGUCAUUGGCCUAACCCCUCUGCUCAACUUUCAGGAGAAGCCCAGGAGGUCAGGACAACCUCUCGCUGCUCGCGGUCACCCGGCCCUGCCCAUGGAGGAUUCUGCAGACGAUUGGUCCAGACCUCGGGACCUGAUGUACGCGAGAUCAUCGGAACUGCUGCCAAGAAUCGGGGCGGCUCCCAGCAACCAGUCUGCACAGCAGCUCUGUCAUCAUGCGGCCACUCCUGCCUGUCUCCGUCAACUAUACGGCGUUGACGACUUCGAGGGCAAGGCCGACGAUCCCUCCAUUGCGCUGGUUCUCUUCGGUCCGGAAGGCACCAAUCAGAAAGAUGUAGAACUAUUCAUGAACAAAUACCGACCUGGUGUGCCUUACGACCUGAAGCUCGCCUUUGGUGAAGGACUCGAGAACUUCCCUCCGGCUGAAGGGGAAUUUGCAGAGCUCACUCUCGACAUUCAGACUGCCGCCGGUAUCGCUUCUCCUAUCCCACUCAGAGGCUACGUCCUUCCUGCGAGCGACAAUACCGACAUUGCAUUUACAUCCUUCUUCGACUACUUCAUCAAUCUGCCCGACUCCGAGCGACCUGGUGUGGCCAGCUACUCCUUCGGCACCGAAGAGACCACCGAGGCGACAUCUUCUCUCCGCAUCGGCUGCCAGUCAGCCAAGCAUCUGACAGCGCUCGGCACUACCAUCUUUGUUGCCUCAGGAGACUGGGGAGUCUUCGGCUCGGUCAAGGGAGGAAGUCCCGGGAUCUCUUGCCCUCCCUUCUUGCCCACCUGGCCUUCAGGAUGCCAGUAUGUCGUCUCAGUAGGCGCUACAGCUGGUCUGCAAGACGAGACGGCCGUGAAUGAGAAGCAACACGACUUCUGGGGCGGCGGAGGGUUCUCCAAUGUGUUCCCCACGCCAGACUAUCAGAAGGAGGCGGUAGGUUCCUACAUUGAGAGUCUGGAUGGAGCAGAAGACGGCAAUUACAAUGCAACGGGCAGGGCCUACCCUGACAUUUCCGCCAUUGGCUACAUGGUCCCCACUAUUCAUGCUGGUCGACUGGGUGCCCAGCUGGGUACCUCGGCCUCCUCACCCUCAGCGGCAGCCAUUUUUGCCCUGCUGAACUCGGCGCGCAAAGCGGCAGGACUCGGCACAAUAGGCUGGGCGAAUCCGACGCUGUACAAGCAUCCGGAGCUCUUUGUGGACGUCACCAAAGGCAAAGCUGCGGGCUGUACGGACGACGAGGGGACUGAGCAUUCCCUGCCUACUCGGCCGGGGUGGGAUGCUGCGACUGGAUGGGGCUCGCUGCGAUUCGAUAAACGUGAGUAGGCUGGACGCUGGGAACUUGUGCUGAUAGGCUUCCACGCUGUGAGCUGCAGCUGAUCUGUCCCUAACUCUUUACAUUCCCCCUAUAGUAAGGAGAGCAUUCGGAGUCGAGGCCGAGACCGCAGCGCAGAAGGCCACGCAGGAGG